ACUUACCUCCCCGUGGCACACGCUUAGGCGAGAUGCGCUAGACCAGUCAGGUUUUGCGCCUACUCGUUUUAUAUCAGUUUUGGGACGGAUGAUACACUGGACACGAUGAGGCUGGCAACUAGUUACCUUGCAAUUAUCUUGAUUAUUGGCACGAUGCUGACGGCGAUCGUGGCACAAGGAACGGGUUCGGAAUCAAUCGUGUGCUACGAUCCAAACGAAGUGUACGACGAUUGUGGUCCAGCUUGUGGCGAUCGUACCUGUACAAACCAGCGUAAAAAUGACAGUGCCUGUAGACGUUCCUGCAAUCCCGGUUGUUUCUGCCGGGGCGGCUAUGUCCGUAACAAGUCCAAUAGAUGCGUUCCGUCGUACAUGUGUCAGUCCAUGGGUUAGCCGAGCGGUGCAGCGGAAAGUUGUCGUAUUAUCAUUUCAGUGGCCCAUUUUGCAUCAAUAAAGGCAUAGAGAAAUUACAACACAA